CUCUAUGAGGAGCUUUCCACAACUUUAUUUGCUCUUUUUAGCCUAUUCUCGUCUCUACUCUCUCUUCCUCUUUUCUUUUCCCUGACCCCUAUCCUGCAGCUCAAGGUAACUUAGAGCAGGAAGUUGGCUGUCGGUAAAAGGGGGUUGGGCGGAGGAAAGAGGAGGAGCAGGGGAUGUGUCACAGCUGAUUGGUGUGUGUUGCAUCCAAUGGCACAAGAGCGCCCUGUCCUCGUAUUCGUUGCAUGUGUCAGAGGGAGGUGGGAGCAGGUUGUGAGGCGGGGUUUGAGUAUCAUGUAGCAUGCUAGAUUGAUUACUCUUCAAUGUUAAAGGGGAAGGAGGCUACAGCAGAUUUUUGUCUGUGAGUCGGGAGUGCCGCUGUACUGUUUGCCUGCUGCUUUGCUGCUUUUCUGUUCCUUUUUCACCCUCUUCACUGCACCAGUCCAUGGGUCAACUCAAAGACAAGCACAUGGGCCACUGACGAAGGAAAGGGUGAAGGGUUACAGAGUAAAAAGACAGAUAAAGGCAUAGUGAACAAGUUGAGGGAGACUUUGCAAGAGGAGAAACAGGAGAGAAGUCUAGGACAUUGGGGGACUAUUGAAGGAGACAGGGCAAUGUAUAAAGGCAGAGAGGGAAAAAGAAAGGGGGAGGGGUAGCAGAGAAGGGGGUGCUUGCUCCUCACUGUGUGUCCGGGUUUAGAGAUUUUUUUAAGCCGUCCAGUGGAGCCAGAGUGCCUUUUGUGUGUUGAUACGAUCAGGGGACUUGAGGAAGUAAAGGAGCACUAGAGUUUUUUCCUGUCAACCUCUGUGCUGCUGCUCUCAAGGAGACUUGAGCAGGGCUAUCUGGUUCCAUCUAUUCUGCCGUGCUCCAACUGGGCAGACUGUUUACCAUGAAGGACAUAGGGGGUAGAAGAUGUCUGCAGAUGCAUUUGGAGCUGGAAACAGCGAUGCCCAGCAAGCCUUGCAGUCCUUCUGGCCUCGUGUCAUGGAGGAGAUCAGGAACCUGACUAUGAAGGAUUUCCGUGUGCAGGAGCUGCCUCUGGCUCGAAUCAAGAAAAUUAUGAAGUUGGAUGAGGAUGUCAAGAUGAUCAGUGCAGAGGCUCCCGUCCUGUUUGCUAAAGCUGCUCAGAUCUUCAUCACGGAGCUCACCCUCAGAGCAUGGAUCCACACUGAGGACAACAAGAGACGAACACUGCAGAGGAAUGACAUUGCCAUGGCGAUAACAAAGUUCGACCAGUUUGACUUCUUGAUUGACAUUGUGCCCAGGGACGACUUGAAGCCGCCUAAACGACAGGAGGAGAUGCGUCAGUCAGUAGCUCCAGCAGAACCCGUGCAGUACUAUUUCACCUUGGCUCAACAGCCUGGUGCCGUACAGGUGCAAGGUGCACAGCAGGGUCAGCAGCCUGGUGCACAGACGGCCACAACCAUCCAACCCGGACAGAUCAUCAUCACACAGCCACAGCAAGGACAGAUGUUGCAAGGUGCCACCAUGCAGCAGUUACAGCAAGUGCAGGUGCAAUCACAAGGCACACCCAUCACGAGUGCACCUGUCGCGAUGCAGGUGGGUGAGGGCCAGCAGGUGCAGAUUGUCCAGGCUGCUGCAGCCCAGGGUCAAGCUCAAACCGCUCAGGCCCAAGGCCAGACUAUGCAGGUCAUGCAGCAGAUCAUCACCAACACCGGAGAGAUCCAGCAAAUCCCGGUGCAACUAAAUACAGGCCAGCUACAAUACAUCCGUCUAGCCCAGCCUGUAUCUGGAGCACAAGUGGUCCAGGGACAGAUUCAGACUCUUGCAAACACCCAGCAGAUUACACAGACUGAGGUGCAACAAGGGCAGCAGCAAUUCAACCAGUUUACUGAUGGACAGCAAUUGUAUCAGAUACAACAGGUGACGAUGCCAGCAGGACAGGAGCUGACCCAACCCAUGUUUAUCCAGUCCACCAACCAGACAGCUGACGCGCAGGUCACGCAGGUCAGCACUGAAUGAGUCCAACUGGGAAAAUUCUCCACGUUCAAAACAUGCACACCAGCCCCCAUGACGUCAGCAGAUGCCACCAUCUUCAAUAUUUUUAUGUUUUUUUAUGUACCGUUCAUUGAACGUGUGGAAAUGAGGGACCUGAAAUCUUGCAAUACUCAUGUUUUGUAAUAAAUUUAGUACACUGGAGCAGAAACCAAAGGGACAGUGUUUGACUUUUAUUACAAUAAAAUGUCACAUUUGCAUCCAUGCUUACACAUAGUUAACCUUUUGUUGCUCAAUUUAAAAAGAGAAAAUAUGCACCCACUUCCACAGUCCCUGACAAGAGUGUUUGUAUAGAAUAACUUUAUUCUUCCCCUCCUCUCAUGUCCAGUAUGUCCAAUCUUCAAAUAUAUUGUAAGUAUAGGAAAGUAUUGCUGGCACCUGACUUUCUGCUCUUCAUUUGGAAAUAAGCUGCGAAAAUUUCCCUCUUUUUCUCCAGCAUAUCUUUGGUUGAAGGUAGUCAGGGGAUUCUUCGCCUCCUUCCUUUCCUCUUACUGAUGAGUCACAUUCUUUCAAUGUUUAAGUAAUUAAUGUGUAAAAUGAAGCCAUAUACCUCAGAUAUCAUUUACAGCCAGUCAGUCUAAGAGAUGUUGACAAGAGGUUAUAAGGUUUGAUGAUUUUAUGUACAUUCGCUGUUGUGUUGUUUUCCACAUUGACGAUGAAGCAUAAGUUUAUGUUGUUAGAGUUUCAGACUGUAUAGAAGAGAGUGUAUGCCUGUGUUUUAAAUUCCAACACUCGUCCUCAUGCUUCCAUUUUGUUGCUUUUAUUCACUUUGCAGAGCAGAGAAGCUCUUCUCUGCCUUUGUGCAUUUGAACACAGCCCUCUCUGCCUGGGUGGUUUUGAAGUGUUGAGUCUUGUGCUCUGGUUUAAGUCUUAUGUACAAACACAUGACUCCAUCUGGAGUAGGAAGAAAGCCCCCCUUUUUUACAGCUCUUUUUUUCAGUACAAGUGCUUUUUUUGUUUUUUUUUUUCAAUAAUGUUUGACCUCAUAACUUUCCCAGAAGUUUUUGUACAGUAAUUAUUAUCCAUGUCCUUAUUGUUUUUGCAUGUAGUUUGAACUUCAAGCAUGACAUGCAAUAGAUAGGUACAAUUUUAUUUUUGAUGUUCUUUUUUGUAAGCCAAUUAUGUUUGUGGGAAAAAAAAACAUUAAAACCGUAACUUGUUUUAA